UAAUGGUCGACAGAACUCACCAAGUCUACAGUAUUGUUUAUUCUAAAAAGUUUAGACGCUGGGCCUUUUAUUUUUUAAUUGUGUUUCUGGCAGGAAUGACUAUUUAUGAGACUACUAAUUUGACUGCUGAAUAUUUGGGAUUCCCCAAACGUGCUGAUAUGUCAAUGCAAUUCAACCGUACAAUAAUUUUUCCAAAUAUUACAUUUUGUAUGAGUAAAAGACAAGCAUGGAGCCAUUUUGGCAAUUUUGGGGAUUCUAGCGAUUCUGGCAAUUUUAGCAGCAAUUUUGGGAAUUUUAGCAGCAAUUCUACUUUACCGACUUCAAACAGAGAUUGGAGCCCUGAAGUUGAGCAAAUACUUGCCAAGAUGCCAAAUCAUGACUCUUUUAUGAAUUCAAGUGGGUGGCCCCAAGAACUCAUUAUGAGUGCUUAUGAGGCAAUAGCAACACUAAACUCGCUAGAACGAGAAAAGAUUGAUUCACAAUCUUUGGCUGAUAUUAAAGCGUUCCAAAGCAAUCCGAAACAUCAAGGAUUGCGAACCUUAGUUAAAAAAUGGCUAGCUGCAAUUGCCGAACGCAAAGUUUCAUUUAAAGAUUUUACUCAGAAAGUUGGAAUUGAAACGCUAGAAAAGUCAAAAAACUAUUUUAUGAGAACAGGCUUUAAUGAUUCUGACAAUUUUACUACAUUAGUUCACAUUUCUUGGCUGUCCAACAAACAACUAUGUUUCCAACCUCUGUUUCCUAAUGCGGAGAGUUUCAAACCUAUUGAAGAUCAAGGCAAAUUCUUCCAAAUGGAGUUGGUACACAACCCUAGUGCCUUAAAUGAUAGUAAACAAGCAGAAGAGUGUAUGUCCCUUGAUCUUCAUGGACGUCCUACUACUAUGGCCAAGCAUAUGGAGGGAAAGGGACGUUCUAAGGAUGGAACUACUGAAGGGCUAUGUCUUGGGCGUGUACACGAAACUAAAGUAGAGAUACGUGGGCAUUACAUAAUGCUCGAAAAUGAUGAUGAAGCAACCGCUUGCAGAAAUUAUGAUGAUGUUGACGAUGCUGAAGUUAACGAAUUUGAAUGUAGAAGUCGUUGCAGGAUGCAGAUGAUUAGGAGUUAUUGUAAAUGCACCCCAUCAACACUCCAAUAUCUUGUUGCAGAUGAGAAGGAAUUUGUAAGAUACCCUGCUUGUGAUUACGAACAGUGUCAACUUCCGGACAAUGUGACAAAUACUAACGAAAAAACCUGUGCAAAGGAAUGCCUCCCACAUUGUGUGCAGAUUCGUUAUUUAGUUCAGAACACACCUAUGGGAAGAUCCACUAAUCCUGCCAUUACCGACGUUAAUCUGAUUUGGGGUGCUUUUGAAUAUAUGAAUUUGGAACAAAAAUAUGUUUAUACCUUGUGGUCGUUCAUCUCUAGUAUUGGAGGGUCUAUAGGUGUUUGGUUAGGUCUAUCAGCUCUAAGCUUGAUUCAACUUAUUACUUUCUUAACUGAGAAAACGGCUGUUAAAGUUAACGAAAAGAUAAAGAAAGAUAAGGUUACAACUCCACAUAAAGUAUCGAGCAUUCAACAGCCAAACAAAAAAUACUCGACUGAUAGUGCUAGGGAGAAUGAAAAGAAGAUUUCGAUGAAUCCGUUUGGUGGACCGGUUGCCGUUAAUGUAUUCGAAAGUCCGUUUCCUAAAGCUCAAGGAGGAGGAAAAUAUCCUCCACCAAGUUAUGAACCUGAUCAACAGCAUCGACAAUCAUAUCAUUAA